AUGCCCAGGCGGUCACGUGUUCUAUGUAUGUUAUUUUUUCCACGUGACAGAUAUUAUGGUGAAAGUGAAGGCAAGUUGCGAGAUAUUUUCCUUGAUGCUGAACGUAACGCACCUUCAAUUAUAUUUAUUGAUGAACUUGAUGCUCUGUGUCCAAAGAGAGACAAACUUCAGAAUGAGUUUGAAAAGAGAAUAGUCGCAACAUUACUGACCUUAAUGGAUGGCCUAACUACGGUAAGUUGCUAUGCUAGGCUUGUAUGUAAUACUUAUAUUCACUUAGUUUUGAGCGCAUGUUAUACGCAACAAUCGGGAACAUAUACCAAAGAUUCUCCUUUUAAUGCUUGCAUGUUUUGUAGUCAUCAACCUCUGGUGUGUUUGUUUUGGCUGCGAGCAAUCGCCCAGACUCGCUGGAUCCUGCUCUUCGUCGUCCUGGUAGAUUUGAGAAAGAAAUAGAAAUUGGCAUUCCCAAAUCAAGUGGACGAGCUGACAUUCUCUCUAAACUGCUGAAGAAAAUACCACACAGUUUGUCACAUGACGAACUC